ACAGCGAUUCAUGCGUUUCCACCCACGUUUCUUUCAGGACUUCAGGACUGGCUAAUCACAAUUAGACGUGUGACUGAGAGACAUUUUAAUGCGUUUCACUGCUGGCAAGAGCAGGUGGACCAUCACAUAGAAAAAGAGGAGAUUUGGACAACUUUCUCAACCGUUGCUUUCACCUGCCGCUCUUUUUUUAUUUCUUUCUUUUUGUAUGAUAUUGUAGACAUCUGUUGGAGCUUAUAUAUAUAUAUAUAUUUGAAGAAUAAUAAUCUGGAUUUUUGUUUUUUAAAUAGUCUCUUCAGGUGAAGACACGUUCGAAAAAGGUCAUUGAUCGCCUUUGAGAGAUGUUUGAGAAACAGCCCUACGAAAGUCCCCCUAUGUACACCCCACCAACCAAUGGCUUUGGACCACCAGGGAGCUUCCAAGACCCAAGGAGUGAGUUUGAUUCCUACCCUCCACCUCCAGGAUCAUACUACAUGGGCAAGGAGGUACCACAGGAUUUCUACAAGUGGUUCUCCCCACCAGGAAUUGUGAAGAUUAUGGUAGGGACAGUUAUAGUUCUCUGUCUCGGAAUCUUUGCUUGCGUGGCCUCUACUCUGGUUUGGGACAUGCAAUACGGAUUAGGUUACGGAAGUGGAUAUGGUUCCAGCUAUCCUGGGUAUGGAUAUGGAAGUGGUAGUUAUGGAUACGGAGGCUUUGGUGGUUAUGGAAGUGGUUAUGGAAGUGGCUAUGGAAGCUACUACAAUUCUUACCCAACUCCUUACUCAGCAAAGACAAGCAUGAUCGCCAUUGCCGGCAUAAACUUUGUCAUCUCUUUGGGUUUCUUCAUUGCCUGCUUCUCCAAAUCAAGCACAUUCCGCAGUAGAAAGUACUACCUGGUGGUGCUCAUUGUUAGCUCUAUAAUGGCAGUAAUACAGGGCAUUAUAAACAUUGUGUACAUUGUUGGAGUGAACCCAAUGGCCCAAAGCUCAUCCAGUGCGUACUACAACCCUAUGAUCAUGAUGUGUCAGAACCUCUAUGGAAGCAGUGUGACUGGAUCGGGGGCAGGCUUUCAGUAUAACCAGUACUUGUACCAUUACUGCUACGUUGACCCUCAGGAGGCUGUGGCAAUGGUCUGUGGCUUCAUGGUUGUUCUUGCUCUGGCUGUGGCAGCCUUCUUCUCCUUUAAAACCAGAAGUACAAUCUGGCACUACGGGAAACCAAACAUCUAUUGGGAUCAACCUCUAAUGGCAGGAACAGAGGGCAGAGAUGUGGAAGACUGGGUCAACCAUGUUCAGGAUGGACAGAGCGUACAAGAGGCGUCCAUGGUGUUUUCAGAGAAGAUGGCUCCGGUUCUGGUUUCGGCCCCCAGUCUAGGAUCCCUCCCCCUGAAGACUGGCAGUAUUUUCAGCUCAGAAACCUACAACCUCAACAGUUAUCCUAACCGCCCGUCUCACUCAACAUACCCGUCUGGAGAAUUGAGCUCCAGCCCGUCCGACCAGACGGACACUGUCCGUAAACCCUCCGCCCACAGAGGCAAAAGAAGCAGGAGGAACCCUGAGCUUGAUGAGUCCCAGUACGAAACUGAGUACACGACUGGAGGAGAGACCGCUUACGAUUUUGACAAGGAUCUAUGGACACGUUUAUAUCCAAAGAUUACAUCUGACGCCCAGCGACACGAGUAUAAGAAAGAGUUUGACUCGGAUCUCAGGGCCUACAAAGAGCUGUGUGCAGAAAUGGACGACAUCAGUGAUCAGUUAAACAAGCUCAGCAGGGAGCUGGACACACUUGAUGAAGGCACUUCCAAGUACCAGGCCGUUGCAGAGGAAUAUAAUCAGCUGAAAGACUUGAAACGGAUGCCAGAUUAUCAAAACAAGAAGCUCCAGUGUCGCAAACUGCGCCACAAGCUUUUCCAUAUUAAAGGAAUGGUUAAGAACUACGACCGCAGUCAGUUAUAAUGAGCUCCAUUUUGCCGCUACGCCUCUCUCUCUCUCUCUCUCUCACUUUUCAACACAUUUACAUUUAACAAAGAAUGGCGACCAUGACAAAGUCUGCGAACAACCGUGUGACCAAAGUUACCUGAAUCCUAAACUGUUGUAACAGUGGCUUCACCCAGUGCUUAUGAUUAACCUGAACCCUACAGAUGGUUGCCUUGGAAACGAAGACUAGGGAGUAGAAACCAUGACUUUGGACAGGGAAGUCUUUGCAUUACCUGGAAAUAAUAAUUUCAGUCAAAACAUCUGCCUGUCCUUAAAGUCAGUGACUUCCUAUUGCCCGUAAAAUGCCAUGAAGCAUUAAAAUAAUGUUAUUCUGUUGUUUGUGUUUAAUAUGGGUGUGGUUGAGUGCUAACUUCAAUGUCAGCUGAUUACAUUGGUGCAUGUGUUUGUUGAAGGACGUGUACUUUGGACAAUCCUCUCUGAUCUGGUAAUUGCACCUGCAUUGACAAAUAUGAGUUGUCUCUAAGUGUCAAAGGUGUAAUUGCUGAUGCAGUGUUUAUUUUCAACUUAAGAACAAUAAAAGUUCUCCUUUCAUAGUAGUGCUGUCAUAAAACAGUUCCCAGAAAUAACUGGGAAUAACUUGCACAACUUUAGAAAAUAUUACAAAAACCCACUUUCUCUGUCACUUUGUUUUCUCUCUCAGUCUCUCUCAUUUCAUUUGUAAACAACUGACUGCCUCAGUGAAAGAAGGAAGAAUAUUUAGAAUUGUGAAUUUUAAAUCAAAAAGAGAAACUGGAAUUUCAUAUUUAGUAGUGAUCUUUACAUUUUCAUUGUAAGAAAAAGAAAAAUACAAAUAGUGUCAGUAGCACUGCAAAAAGUCUGCAAAUUUACAAGGACUGUUAAUCUAGUUGUUAAUGUAUAUAUUUCAUCUGAUUUAUUUGGACAGUAAUUACUGCUUUCAUGUCUGAACAACUAUCCACGCAAGAUCAAAUAUUGUUUAUUUUUUAUUGUUGGUUUUUUUUAUGUGUUAAAAUGUUGUGGACAAAAAAAAAUAUGUCAGUUUUUUUUUUUUUUUUUUUUGUACUUUUAAAAGAAAACAUUUAAAAGUGACAUUUAUAGGGCAUUCAUUUUCUGGCUGUUUGUGUUCA